AUUGCAUUUUUUUAGGAAUCGAGCGAAACGCAUUUAGAAAAUGUCCUCCAAUACAGAAGACUUCAAUGCCGACGAAUUGCAGGCACCAGAAUGGAUGAAUGACGAUUUCUUCUUAAAAGUCUUGACAAGCUGUGAAGGCAAAGGAACUAAAAUAAAAAUGCGUAGUGCAAAAAUUUCACCAGCCUCCAUGAAGGGUGAUCACUAUGCCAGUGUAAUGUUUCGCGCGCAACUGGACUAUGAAUUGGAGGGCGUGCACAAGUCCAAAUCUGUGAUUAUGAAAACGAUGCCUGAAAACGACGGGCACAAGAAGGAAAUGUUAGGCAAGACGGAUAUUUUCGAAAAAGAAAUCAUCAUGUACACGGAAGUGUUACCACGUUUCGAAAAGAUUUUGCGCGCCGUGGGCGAUGACACAGUGCUCAAGGCACCCUGUUUAUAUCACGCUUUGCAACCGAAGAAAAUAAUUGUCUUCGAAGACUUAGUACCUAAGGGCUAUGAAGUGGUGCGAGGCCGCACACUCAACGCGGACGAAGUGAAGGCCGCAUAUGCCAAGUUGGCAAAGUGGCAUGCCAUAAGCUACAAAAUCAAUUUGGAGGAGCCGCACUAUUUUGACAAGUUCGAGCGUGGCAUGCUCAGUAUGUCCAACGUAGCAGAGGAGCGUUUCGUAACAGAUGGUAUUACCAACUUCGUUAAUAUGCUGAGACAAACACCUUCGCUACAUGAAUAUUUGCCAUACUUUGAGGCCCUAGAGCCGAAACUUUUAGAAAAAUGUCGUGCAUCGUUCGUUGAGUUUCGUGAAGCACCUCAACCGAAUUCACAGUAUGUGCUUUGUCAUGGUGACUUUCAUUCCAAAAAUAUGAUGUUUAAGCACAAUAAAGAAACUGGCGCAUUGGUGGAUGUUUUGCUCUUGGAUUUUCAAAUCGGCUAUGUUGGUCCAAUUGUGAACGAUUUGAUAUAUUCACUUUACUGCAUUUUGGAUGCAAAUCUGCGCUUGCAAUUUCCAGCUUUUUUGUACAGUUAUUUCACCAAUUUCAUCGAUACUUUAAAAAAAAUUGGUUUCAAGGGCCCACUGCCGACCAUCACACAACUACAUGCGCAGCAUAGACGCCACAAGUGCUUCGAGUUCUUCCUCUUAACCACUUUUUUGCCCAUGUGGUUCGCAAUAGAAGAAAAGGCCGAGGUUGAAGCGCUGAUGACGUCCGAAGAAUUUCGUCGCAAUAUGUACAAGUUAAAGGGCUACGUGGAGUACUUGGAGGAACUUUUGCCGCGUUUGUUGCAUUUGGGUUACUUUGAUGAUAAAAUGUCCUCCAAUACAGAAGACUUCAAUGCCGACGAAUUGCAGGCACCAGAAUGGAUGAAUGACGAUUUCUUCUUAAAAGUCUUGACAAGCUGUGAAGGCAAAGGAACUAAAAUAAAAAUGCGUAGUGCAAAAAUUUCACCAGCCUCCAUGAAGGGUGAUCACUAUGCCAGUGUAAUGUUUCGCGCGCAACUGGACUAUGAAUUGGAGGGCGUGCACAAGUCCAAAUCUGUGAUUAUGAAAACGAUGCCUGAAAACGACGGGCACAAGAAGGAAAUGUUAGGCAAGACGGAUAUUUUCGAAAAAGAAAUCAUCAUGUACACGGAAGUGUUACCACGUUUCGAAAAGAUUUUGCGCGCCGUGGGCGAUGACACAGUGCUCAAGGCACCCUGUUUAUAUCACGCUUUGCAACCGAAGAAAAUAAUUGUCUUCGAAGACUUAGUACCUAAGGGCUAUGAAGUGGUGCGAGGCCGCACACUCAACGCGGACGAAGUGAAGGCCGCAUAUGCCAAGUUGGCAAAGUGGCAUGCCAUAAGCUACAAAAUCAAUUUGGAGGAGCCGCACUAUUUUGACAAGUUCGAGCGUGGCAUGCUCAGUAUGUCCAACGUAGCAGAGGAGCGUUUCGUAACAGAUGGUAUUACCAACUUCGUUAAUAUGCUGAGACAAACACCUUCGCUACAUGAAUAUUUGCCAUACUUUGAGGCCCUAGAGCCGAAACUUUUAGAAAAAUGUCGUGCAUCGUUCGUUGAGUUUCGUGAAGCACCUCAACCGAAUUCACAGUAUGUGCUUUGUCAUGGUGACUUUCAUUCCAAAAAUAUGAUGUUUAAGCACAAUAAAGAAACUGGCGCAUUGGUGGAUGUUUUGCUCUUGGAUUUUCAAAUCGGCUAUGUUGGUCCAAUUGUGAACGAUUUGAUAUAUUCACUUUACUGCAUUUUGGAUGCAAAUCUGCGCUUGCAAUUUCCAGCUUUUUUGUACAGUUAUUUCACCAAUUUCAUCGAUACUUUAAAAAAAAUUGGUUUCAAGGGCCCACUGCCGACCAUCACACAACUACAUGCGCAGCAUAGACGCCACAAGUGCUUCGAGUUCUUCCUCUUAACCACUUUUUUGCCCAUGUGGUUCGCAAUAGAAGAAAAGGCCGAGGUUGAAGCGCUGAUGACGUCCGAAGAAUUUCGUCGCAAUAUGUACAAGUUAAAGGGCUACGUGGAGUACUUGGAGGAACUUUUGCCGCGUUUGUUGCAUUUGGGUUACUUUGAUGAUUAAUAAAUCUUCGAUCUAAUAUGUAAUGGAAAAUGUAAAAUAUGUGAAUUUGUAUAUAUGAAUUUCUUGGAUAUUAAUAUAAU